GCAGCAAAGGAAGAGAGAGGGAGCUUUUGAACUCCCAGUAGCUGUCAGGAUUUUCGGCUCUCCUCCACGCUCUCUCCUCCCCCGUUGAGCUCUGUCUCUCUGCACUGCAAACAUUGACUCGCACACGCACCGCGGAGCUCCAGCGGAUGGACUCGUUUACACACACCAGGUGUGUGGAGCAGCGCUGAAGACGAGCCAAACACACGCACACAGCGCCAUACAUGGAGCAAACUUUAACUCUCAACUCUUCUGUGGCUUCUUCAGAUGGCGACUACAGUGGACUCCCGUUGCAGGGAUGCUGCAGCCACAGCAGUCUGAACAGUAAUGGCAGUCUUCCAGGAGCAGGCAGCCAUCGAGGAGUUCCAGAGCAGCGUGUGGCCAGCUGGGCUGCGUGCUUUGAACGUCUCCUCCAGGAUCCAGAGGGCGUGCGCUACUUCUCGGAAUUUCUCAAGAAAGAAUUCAGUGAGGAGAAUAUCUUGUUCUGGCAGGCCUGUGAAUACUUCAGUCAUGUCCCUGCAACUGAUAAAAAGCAGCUGUCCCAGAGAGCAGGAGAGAUCUACAACAGCUUCCUGUCCAGCAAGGCCACCAUGCCGGUCAAUAUUGACAGCCAAGCCCAACUGGCUGAUGACGUCCUCACCUCCCCACGGCCCGACAUGUUCAAGACACAGCAGCUACAGAUCUUCAACCUGAUGAAGUUUGACAGCUAUUCCCGAUUCCUCAAGUCCUCCCUUUACCAGGAGUGUAUGCGUGCUGAAGUGGAUGGUCAGCCAUUGCCAGACCCCUACCAGAUCCCCUGUAGUCCUGCGCCAUCCAAACACAGUGCCAGCUCUGACCGCUCCACCCUUUCCACUCCAAAAAAGGAGGCCAGAAAGCAGAGGUCAGGGAGGUCGCCAAAUGAAGACAGCAGAGAUGAAAGCGCUGAUAAGAAACGCGGGAUCUUCUUCUCAUGGUCCCGCAACAGGAGCUUUGGAAAAGGACCAAAAAAGAAGGAAAUUGGAGAUAUUAACCUCGACUACUGGGGCAGUAAUGGGCGGAGGGAGUCCCAGGGCUCCUUGUCGUCCGGUACCAGCCUGGAGAUGGCGACUUCCUGCUCUGCCGGCAAGAUUGAGUCUGAUAAUCGCCACUCAGUCGGAGUCUGGGAACGGUCCCCUAAACAUUGCAACGUGAUUUUGCCCAACGGUUCCUGCUCCUCUAUCACGCUCCGGCCCGGAGCCUCCAUCAGGGACGUCCUCCAAGAUCUCUGUCUCAAUAUUAGUGUCAACAUCGCGGCCGUCGACCUCUUCCUGGUGGGAGGAGAGAAGCCUUUGGUGUUGGACCAAGACUGCAUGACCCUCAGCUCACGAGACCUGAGAAUGGAGAAGCGGACCUUGUUCAGAUUGGACCUGGUGCCCAUUAACCGCUCUGUGGGCCUGAAAGCCAAACCUACCAAACCGGUCACUGAGGUCCUACGUCCCGUGGUGGCCAAAUAUGGCCUCCACCUCAGUGAUCUUGUGGCCAAAAUAAGCGGAGAAACUGAGCCUUUGGAUCUGGGUGCUCCCAUAUCCAGUUUGGACGGCCUGCGAGUUGUGUUGGAUCGAGUAGACCCGGCUUCAGGGAAAGACAAAUCCAAGUCUUCCUCCCUAAAGAACCACCCUCCUUCUAGGAGUUUUUCUGCUACAGGAGAUGAGAGGUCAACACCAAAGGACUUUUCUGUGAGAUCAAGUGGACCAGACUCAGCACUCCCAGGGGAAAAGAGAAAACAGAAAAAGAUUAAUAUAGAUGAAGCUGAAGAAUUCUUUGAGCUGCUGAGCCGGGCACAAAGCACCCGAGCCAACGACCAGCGCGGACUCCUGAGUAAAGAAGACCUGGUGCUUCCUGACUUCCUGCGUCUGACCCCACCCACCUCCUCCUGCUCCGUCUCCUCUGACUUGGCCUGCUCCACUCCUGACUCCUUAAAACAGAGCCGAGAGAACGGCGUCUCCUCGCGGGGGCUUCUCACCUCAAGCCUUCGUUCGGAAAGCCUGGACUCCUCACUCAGCUCCAGUGCCAAUGGACACUCCGGAAACAGGCGGUGCCUACUGCCCCCUCCCCGCCACCCGACUUUCGGCACCCACCUGUCCCCUAUAUCCCGGCCCUCAGACACCCGGCCGACCCUCCGCACCGUGGAGGAGGGCGCCCACAGUGACCUGACACUUGUGGGUGAGGGUGACAUCAACAGCCCAAACAGCACAUUGUUGCCUCCGUCACCGUCCCCCAUGCCGUCCUUCGAUAGCAGCCUGCCUGAAGCCAACUUCACUCCACCACCACCCUGCUCCCAGUCUCAAGACGCAGGUGGAGAGGGAAAGUCGAGUUCAGAGAGAAGAAGAGAAGCAGCUCCCAACAUCAAAUCACCUGCCGACAGAGCCGACGCUGCACAGACCGGCCAGGAGGUGAUGGAUGUGGAGGGUGUGCAUCUAGAGGAAGGAACACUGGAAACAUCCCAGGGAGAGGACUCUGAACUCAGCCUGAGCUUCCAGGGCUAUGUCGCCGAGCUGCGGCAGUGCCAGAGCAAGAUGAGGAACGCCCAGAUGCCCCAAAACGGCCGCAGUCCACCAGAGGGCAAGGACUGCAAGACAGACCUUUACAAGGCCACCAUUGUCUAAAGGGAACCCCCACUGCUGCACUUUUAAAGCCCGAGGCACUGUCUUCUGAAAGAGAAUCAGUCAAACCGUGGGCUGCAUGUACAAAGCUGUCAAUUUCCAGUUGACAUUAUGGUGAUAGAUAUUGUAUAUUUCUUAUGUAUUUUGGCGUCUUCUUGUUGUUUUUAGUACUGGUUGUAAUUUUGGGACAGUGAUACAUUUUUGUUUGGUUAUAGUUUAAUAAUUGAGCACAAAGCAGUUCUAUUAUGAGCCAUGUUAGACCAAGAACAAGCGGGGAAGAAGUCUAAAGCCCACUUUUGGGAGCCAUUUUCUAAUGAACGUUACCAAUUGUUUAUAAGUUGUAAGUAUUGCUUUAUUAGAAACCAUUGUUUGCAAAUAAUUCUCAAGUGAGUUACAUCAUCAAACAAUAUGCAUAAGCCAAAAUGAUUAACCAAUAAUUAAGCUAUUAAUAACAAUUUCUAGACACUUGACACUUUAGCCAGUGUCCACUUACUAACCUUUUCCACUAGUCCUCUGCUGAGAAAGACUGUGAGAUGCAGUUGAAAGCUCCGGAAAAAGCUAGAAAAUAUUUUUCUCAUUAACAACUUUUUCCUGAUCUCUAAAGCAUUACUAAAUUAUUAAUUAACCAUCAAUUAAGCUUUUAAUUGCAAUUUAUAGACACUUUGUAAAGUUUUGACUAAAAGAUCUUGACUCAGUGUCCACUUAUUAGAUUUUUACUAGAUGUAAUUUAAAUCUCCAGAAAAAGCUAGUAUUUGUUGUUCCUUCAUUUACUACUUAUCUCUAGAGCAUUACUAAAUUACUACUAAACUAUUAAUAGAGAUAUUAAUUAAAAUUAUUCGAGCUAUAAAUUGCAACUUAUAAAUACUUAAAGCUUAACGCAGUGUCCACUUAGUAGCUCUUUGCACUGGUCUUGUGUUCAUUUUUUUUUCAAACUACAGAAAACAUAAAAACAUAUUUCCAAGAUGGAAAAUGAACUUUGACUCAGCUUUAUAAAGUGUGACCUGUUAGAAAGUGAUACCCACUGUUGCUGGACGAUAUGUUAUAGCAGAAUUCUGUUUAUAGGAUCAAAAGGGAGGUAAUCACAAUUUUCUUGGAUAUUUAAGUAUUUCCUGUUUGUAUCUUCUUCCUGUUUUACAGAUAAUACAUGACAGUACCUUUAUUGCCUGUAGUUCCUGCUUCGGUGGAUUUGAGGUUGUCCAAAUGUUGAAUGAUUAAAAAGCUUUUAUGGCUGUAAUUCC